AAAGCUUUUCUUUACAGACUACGGGAAUGCUGCCAAAGUUGAGAGAUGUGACAUGGAUGGAAUGAACAGGACGUGGAUAGUAGACUCUAAAAUUGAACAGCCAACUGCUCUUGCACUAGACCUCGUCAAUAAAUAUGUGUACUGGGUUGACAUAUAUCUGGAUAGUGUGGAAGUUGUUGACUAUCAAGGGAGAAAGAGGCAUACGAUAAUUAAAGGCAGACAAGUUAGGCAUCUUUGUGGCUUGGCAGUAUUUGAAAACUACUUAUAUACAGUUAAUUCAGAUAACCUCAGCAUUUUACAAGUAAACAGAUAUAAUAGCACUGAUGUUCAGUCUCUUGCUAGACUUGCUAAUGCUAAAGAGAUUCGUGUAUACCAGAAAAGGACUCAAACAGCAGUCAGAAGCCAUGCAUGUGAAGUGGACCCAUAUGGAAUGCCGGGGGGAUGUUCGCACAUCUGUCUGCUCAGUAGCAACUACAAAGCACGGACUUGUCGCUGCAGGACUGGCUUCAUCUUGGGAAGUGAUGGCAGGUCAUGCAAAAGACCAAAGAAUGAAUUGUUUCUUUUUUAUGGGAAAGGACGCCCAGGAAUAAUACGGGGAAUGGACCUGAAUACCAAAGUAUCUGAUGAAUACAUGAUCCCUAUAGAAAACUUGGUCAAUCCUCGUGCUCUGGACUUCCAUGCCGAAACCAAUUACAUUUACUUUGCUGAUACUACCAGUUUCCUAAUUGGACGACAGAAAAUUGAUGGCACAGAGCGAGAAACAAUCCUCAAAGAUGAUCUUGAUAAUGUUGAAGGUAUAGCAGUGGACUGGAUUGGAAAUAAUCUUUAUUGGACAAAUGAUGGCCACAGGAAAACGAUUGCUGUAGCCAGGCUGGAAAAAGCUGCUCAGAGCAGAAAAACUUUGUUGGAGGGAGACAUGUCCCACCCUAGAGGAAUUGUUGUUGAUCCUGUCAAUGGCUGGAUGUAUUGGACAGACUGGGAAGAAGAUGAAAUAGAUGACAGUGUGGGAAGAAUUGAGAAGGCAUGGAUGGAUGGCUACAGUCGGCAGAUUUUUGUAACAUCAAAGAUGCUAUGGCCAAAUGGUUUAACUCUGGACUAUCAUGCCAAUGUAUUAUACUGGUGUGACGCCUAUUAUGAUCACAUUGAAAGGAUAUUUUUGAAUGGUACUGAGAGAAAGGUAGUCUACAAUGGAAAAGAUUUAAAUCAUCCUUUUGGACUGUCACAUCAUGGAAAUUAUAUUUACUGGACAGAUUAUAUGAAUGGAUCAAUUUUCCAGUUGGAUCUGAUUACAAGGAAUGUGACACUGCUAAGGAGUGAGAGACCACCAUUGUUUGGGCUCCAGAUUUAUGAUCCACGUAAACAGCAAG